AGCGAGUGUAGGCUUCCUGUGGCCUGCCCGUGGCUCCAAGAAUAAUCGAGUGGUUGGCAAGUUGAACGUAAACCAAAGUCCAAUGGCUGGAAAUGGAAUGGACCGGGGGGAUCGGCAGGGCAUCGUGGGGAAUUAGUUGGAUACUGCACUAUCAGCGCUAACCAUCGCCGCCGCCGGCUUCUUUGCAUCGACGAGACCUGCAUUGCCUCUCUCUUGCUUCAGUUGUUUCAACUUCCAAAUGCCCUUUUGUCUCAGCCAUUCUUCCCUCCCUGCCAUACCUACCCCUCGAACCUCAGCUCCGAUCUUUCUUGGCUCCUGUCAGGUCUUGACAUUCCCGGCGCUCCUUCGAACGACAAACAAACACCACCACUCACUGUCCAUCGCGAUUCUUGGAGAGGAUUCCGUAGUCCAACUUCAGCUGAGAGACUCCGCGGCGUCAUCGGGUGAUUCAUCAUAACCAACCGACUUCGUCAUCCUGUCAUCUCAACCAUCGCUUUCGUCCAACCACCCAUUCAAGUGCGCUGCCACUUAUCCUCACUCGAUACCGUUCACGUCGUAGCCAUAUAGUCCCUAUACGCCAUUGAUACCGGACUAACACUUUGCGCUUCCAUGAGACGUCUCAUGCGCGGCUCAGCCUCACUCAACAUUUUGCGACUCUCCAGACCUGACCAGUAACUACUACUACUACACCCCUGAGGACUCAGCCUGCUUGAACUGCGCCUUAUCCGAAUGUGCCAUGUUUGCCUUGAGCCUUCAACUUGGAUUUGCCCUUGAAGAAUCGCGAAACCAGACAUAACAGCCUCUGCCGGCGACACAGGCGCAAGUGGCACUUGAAGGGGGAGGAGUGAAGCGAUGGCCGAGUCAAAGAGGAAGAGUCUCUGGAAUCUGAUUCGUGCAAAGAGCACGGCGAUCAGGAACUUCAAAGAUGUAACAAAGGAAGCAGGUCAUAGGAGGACAGCAAGUGAUGGCGACGCGGUUUUACCCCGAAGGAGAUCGGAUUUGCCCACAGAGUUCACAAGCGAUCGUCGCCGACCUAGGCGGCCCGGCGCGAAUGGCAAGGGCAAAGGCCGUGACUACGAGAUCCAUCGUCAUGAUCCAGGUCCGCUUACCGACUGGCCGCCAUCAGGCAUGUCAAGUGAGGAAGAGCUGUCUUUGGCCCAGGCAAUGCAGCUAAUAUCCAGGGGUGCUCCGGCUUUCAGAGGUCAUAGGCGGCCUAUACCGCACGCUCCCGAUCAUUGCUACACUCUUUACGCUACCGUUGCAGGGAAUCAUGGCGAUGACACCGACGCCGCCAACUUGCACGACGCCAUGACCCAGCUCAUGACUCUACGGAAAGAGGGGUCCGGUUACGCAAACUACCCAUGGGAGACUUUCGAACAGCCAAGCUAUGCCUUUUGCUUCGGAAAACGCGCAGGAACCAUUACACUCAACCAUUGGGUAUCGUUAGCCAGUGUUAUUCCGCCUUCAAUACCACUUCGGGAUUCCGGCGUAGCACCACGAGAGAUUACGCUGGACCGCAUCUUUGAGAGGCUUCAGGAGUUAGAAAGGGGGUUGGAGGACGACGAUGAGGAUCUUAUGUACAAGAACCUGUACCGACGACUUCUCCGAGACCCCGACAAGUACUUGAGCCCCCACAAGACGUUGGACAAGCAAAUAACCGAUCUUAUCAUGGUUUUAUCGAGACCAGACUGGAUCGACUUUACCUUGCCCAAGAACCAGGUCGCCACCAAGUUCAUCUACGACAACUCACUUGCGAAUGCUCCGACCUAUCACAAGUUCUUCCACCAGCUUCUUCUUAGUGUCGAGCUUGACCUACGCAUCAACUCCGGUUUACACCUUGCAGAAGCAAAAGAAAAGCUUGUUGCCCAGAUUCCACCGAGCAUACAAUGGAACCUUGCUCUUGCUCGCCGCUGGCGCGAAAACAUCCGCGUAGACCGCAUUGGAGAGCAACCGGACCAGAUUCGUCUUCGGUUUAAGCUACAGAAGCGUCAAGUCCGCAUGCUCAAGCGAUUUAUCCAGAUGAUGAAGUGGCCCAAUCUUUCCGAGACCAUCGCCUGCCUCAAACAGCACGAAGCCCAGGGUACCCUCACCGGCCACAUAUCCUCGCACGCCAUGGCCUUCUUCAGCGGCCUCAUCCUCCCCGGCACUACCUUCCCCUUCCUGAUCAUGAACUCCCUCGUGGAUAUCGACCCCGACCGAGCCACCGACGACCUCGCCCUCCUCACCCACAUUCACCCGCACUGUGGCUUUCAAUACCGCGGCAGCUACACCUACUGGACCGCCGCCUCCAUCGUCGGUAAGGUCCUCGCCCCUACGUGCCUCUCCAUCGGCGGCUGGGUUGGCCCCGCGCGUCCAACGGUGCACCUCGAUCGCGCCCAAAUAGCGCGCAUCCGGCAGCGCAAACCGCCCGCCCGCUCUCAAACCGUUACCCCGGAUGACGUCAAGACCAUGAACGAUCGCUCCGAUCCGCUCGGCCCUCCCGCAGAGGUCUACCCCGUCAAGGAAUACGAGCUCGUAGCGCCCAAGAUGGACGAGGACGAAGAUUACGACUAUGAUGGAUACCUGACCGACCUCGUCCGCAUCGAGAUGCUUCACCUCCGCCCGUCCAACGCCAACGACAGCAAGCACUCCAUCACCAGCGGCGCCACCAGCAGCGACAAUGGCCCGAAGUGGUUCGACGCCAGCAUCCACUUUGCCAUUGAUGGGAACUCGUGGCCUCUGCGACUGACUUUCGACGUCAACUUUGUGCAUGCCUGGCCGUGCAGCGACGGGCCGCAUCCGUUGUUCUUUGACUACGUGUACGAGUCGGUGAGAGCGGACAAGCUGGUGCAUGUGCGCGACUGGAACGGGGUGUACGGAGGCAUCAACUCGAGUCUGGACGGUAGCGGUAUGAUACAUGGUGGGCCCAAGUCGUUUGGGCUGGGGAGUAACGGGUUAGGAGGAGGAAGUAAGAAGGGGAGCAAUAUCAUGAGCGCUGGUGGCCGCACGACGACGGCGACGGACCAUACCGGGCAGGAUCAGGAUAAUGAGCGGGUGCUGGUGGUGGAGGCGUUUGGGGUGCCGGAUAACGAGGUGUUGGCGAGGGCGUGGUGCGCGCAUUGGGGGUUGAGUGCUGUGGUUGCUGAUAUUUCGAAGACUUGCAUGGCUUGUGCUAUUCGCGAGGCGUAUGCGGCUGCUUUGACUGUUGUCAUCCUGGUCGAUGAUGAGCAGAAAGUGGAAAACAAGGAUGAGUGAUGAGAGAGAGAGGUGGAUAUAUAUGAUAUAGAUAUCUAUACUUUUGCGUGGGAGAUGGAAGCUUGUUAGCACAUGAGGGAGAAACGGAAUUUCGAGGGGCAGCAGCAGGGAGGUUCACUCAGACGGGUUGACUCAAAAGCUGCUAUAGGUGGUGAGUGAAAGAUGAGAUGGGAUGGGAUAGGAUGCAUCGGGACAUAAAAGAGGGGCAGAUAUGGUUGAUGAGAAUGGGACAGGCAUGCCGGCUGGCAUGACUGGGUAUAAUCAUUAUUUGGCAUACUAUUUUUCCUUAAUGAAGGCUGAGAAGAGUCUAUGAUACCACUUCUGUCAUCACCGCGUUCGGUUUAAUACUAUAGCACUUUGCACCACUGACCAUCAUUUCACACUUCAUAGUAUCCAUGAACAGCCAGCCGGUCUUUGAAUUGAUCAUAUUCACACAUCAUUACUAGACUAAUCAUAAUCUCCUUCCAA